UCCGUUGCCAUGCACGUAACUAGGAAGUGAAGGACCGAAGCGCCUCCUACCACGUGUAUCCGCAGGAACCGGUGGCGGCGUGACGCGGGUGGAACAGACAGGACCGGAGGAAACCGGCGGAUCGGAGAACAGAGAGAAAGAGAGAGAGAGGAUUAAAUAUGUCGGAUGAUCAGAACGCGUCGGACAGAAAUGUGGAGAUAUGGAAGAUCAAGAAACUCAUCAAGAGCCUUGAAGCGGCGAGAGGUAAUGGGACCAGUAUGAUCUCUCUCAUCAUUCCUCCUAAAGAUCAAAUCUCCAGGGUGGCAAAGAUGUUGGCGGAUGAGUUUGGUACAGCAUCUAACAUCAAGAGUCGAGUGAACAGGCUGUCGGUUUUGGGUGCCAUCACCUCUGUACAGCAGAGGCUCAAGCUCUAUAACAAAGUGCCCCCUAAUGGUUUAGUGGUGUACUGCGGUACCAUAGUAACAGACGAAGGGAAAGAAAAGAAAGUGAACAUCGAUUUUGAACCCUUCAAACCCAUCAACACGUCUCUGUAUCUGUGUGACAACAAGUUCCACACAGAGGCUCUCACAGCAUUAUUAUCAGACGACAGUAAGUUUGGAUUUAUCGUUAUUGAUGGAAGUGGAGCUCUGUUUGGGACUCUGCAGGGCAACACCCGAGAAGUGAUGCACAAAUUUACUGUGGAUCUUCCCAAAAAACACGGUAGAGGAGGACAGUCUGCACUGCGUUUCGCUCGUUUGCGAAUGGAGAAAAGACAUAACUACGUGCGUAAGGUCGCAGAGACGGCCGUCCAGUUCUUCAUAUCCAAUGACAAGGUGAACGUAGCCGGACUGGUGCUGGCCGGUUCGGCAGACUUCAAAACCGAACUCAGCCAGUCAGACAUGUUUGACCCGAGGUUACAGGCCAAAGUGCUGAAGCUGGUGGACAUCUCUUAUGGGGGUGAAAACGGCUUUAAUCAGGCUAUUGAGCUUUCGGCUGAGGUUCUGUCUAACGUCAAGUUCAUCCAGGAGAAAAAAUUAAUAGGCAGAUAUUUUGAUGAGAUCAGUCAGGACACAGGGAAGUAUUGUUUUGGAGUCGAGGACACACUCAAAGCCCUGGAGAUGGGAUCUGUUGAGAUUCUCAUCGUCUAUGAAAACCUGGAGACAAUGAGAUACGUGCUGAGGAUGCACGGAGUGGAGUGCACUGACCCUGAGAACGAUGAAAAAGUCAUUUAUUUGACCCCUGAACAAGAGAAGGACAAAUCCCACUUCAUAGACAAAGAGACGGGGCAGGAACACGAGCUCAUCGAGUCCAUGCCUCUGCUGGAGUGGUUCGCCAAUUUCUACAAGAAGUUCGGAGCGGCUCUGGAGAUUGUGACUGAUAAAAGUCAAGAGGGUUCGCAGUUCGUCAAGGGCUUUGGAGGAAUAGGAGGUAUUUUGCGCUACCGUGUGGAUUUCCAAGGCAUGGAGUAUCAGCCAGAAGAAGAGUUUUUUGAUCUGGACGACUACUAGGUAGUCUAACUGAAAUAGGGAGACGUUAUAAGGAAAGAUGAAUUGUUCGUUCUUUCUGCAAGAGUGUGUGUGAGAGAGGGGACUGUAUUUACUCCCAAACACGCAUACACACACAGAGUGAGAACUGAAUCAUCUGUCAAUCACAUACAGAUUCAAUAAUGAAAAAGCUCGGCAUUAGAGCAAUCGAAUUGGAUAAACUGUGCCUCGUUUUGUUUAUCUCCUCCUCUCUUUGAAUUAAAGUCACUGAAAGUGUUGAGAGAAGUACCUUCACCUGUCUUUGGACUACAGUAGCUUCUUUUGAAAUAAACUAUCUUCUUUGUAUUCUAAAUUCAAAGUCAAUUUCCACCCUGAAUUUAUCCCUAUUUUUCUUUUUAUGAGCAAUUUCUGCUGUUGUAUUUUAUGACAGUGUGUGGUAUUUUUAUAAGGGUUUCUGUAGCGAAUGGGGGACAAACAAAAUAUUAAAUUUGAACCUGCUUAAA